AUGGGCCAUAUAGAUGGAGCUGCUCCUGCUCCUACUGAUCCUACAAAGUUAGGUGAAUGGAAGAUUAAAGAUACUCGGGUAAUGACAUGGCUUUUAGGGUCAAUUAACCCUCUUAUUGGUUCUAAUCUCAGGCCUUACAAGACAGCUAAGGUCAUGUGGGAUUUUUACAAAAGGGAAUUGCUUCGUGAAGAGCAAUGUUAUGUCACACAAAAUGCUUUCAGAAGAGGAAAUGAUGUCGCUGUUGCAUUUGCUGCUCAAGGUAAAGCAAUAAAUGGUUCCACUCUUGAGAACUCAUCUUCAGGACCUUCAGGACAAGUUCUUACUCCUGAAAUGGUACAACAAAUGAUCGUAUCAGCCUUUUCAGCAUUGGGAUUACAAGGAUCAGGUGUCGGGGACGAUAAUCACAAGGGGUCCUAA